AUCUGAAUAUAUAUUUUAGAUUCCUCAAAGUAGCCACCCUUUGUAUUGAUCAUAGCUUUGCACACUCUUGGCAUUCUCUCAACCAGCUUCACCUGGAAUACUUUUCCAACAGUCUUGAAGGAGUUCUCAUAUAUACUGAGCACUUGUUGGCUGCUUUUCCUUCACUCUGCGGUCCAACUCAUCCCAAACCAUCUCAAUUGGGGUUGAGGUCGGGUGAUUGUGGAGGCCAGGUCAUCUGAUGCAGCACUCCAUCUCCAUCACUCUCCUUCUUAGUCAAAUAGCCCUUAUGCAGCCUGGAGGUGUGUUGGGUCUUUUUCCUGUUGAAACGGUGGUGGCUGCUACUUUGAAGAAUCUUUCACAGACAGGAACCUUGACCAUUUUUGGUAAACUGUGGUUCCAGUGCGGCAGAUGUCCGUCGGGAUCCCCGGUGGCUCUGCCACCAACGUGGCGUACGCCGUUCUGUGUGGCGGAGGCCUCACUGCCGCUGUGGUCUACGCUUACAAGACAGUGAAUGGUGACAGUGAGCGGUACAAUGACCGACUCGCCGAGAUGAACUUGAGGCCCAAGGAAGCAGCACCAGCAGCAGAGGAAGCAGCACCAGCAGCAGAGGAAGCAGCACCAGCAGCAGAUGAAGCAGCAGAGGAAGCGGCACCAGCAGCAGAGGAAGUAGAAUCCCCAGAAGAACCGGCACCAGUAGAAGCAGAGGUGUUAGCCGAGGUGGUCGCUGAGACAGUCGAGGAGGCGCCUGCAGCAGCAGAGGAAGUCCUGGCAGAGGUCGCAGCCAAAUCCGUCGCUGUCCUAGAGGCGGUUGCAGAGGUUGCUGCGGAACCAGAGGUCGUUGCAGUUGAGGAGGCGCCCGCAGUGGAAGUUGCCGUGGUUACGGAAGAAGCUCCACCGGAGGCUGACGCAGAGGCCGUCAUCGAGGACGUCGCAGAUGCGGCUCCUGGCGUCGUGGAAGAGGUCGUUGCCGUGGAGGCCGCCGAUGCUGUGUCUGACAUAACGUCUGCCUCCAUGAAGCUUCUGGCCAGCUCUGAGAUCGCUGCUGCCUCGGUAGCUGAGAGGAGGCUCAUGCACGCCGUCCAACACCUAGAAGACCGGACUGAAGAAUCCUCACUCGCUCCCGCCGAGGACAUUCUAGAAUCCCUGGAGGUUCCUGAAGCUAAGGUAGAGGAGGAAGUAUUAUCUGUGGAGGGGGAAGUGGCAGAAGCACCAGCUGCAGAAGUCUUGGAAACUGAAGAGCCCAAACCAGAAGAGGAGGCUGUUGCUGCCCCUAAUAUCACAGAGGAAGUGGUUGCUGAGGAGACCCCUGAGCCAGAGGAAGUGGUUGCGGAGGAGACCCCUGAGCCAGAGGAAGUGGUUGCGGAGGAGACCCCUGAGCCAGAGGAAGUAGUUCCGGUCGCCGUAGAGGAAGCUCCAGCUGCUGUUGCAGAGGAGGAGACGGCUGCGGCUCCCCUAGAGGCCACAGAGCUCCCUGCCGCUGUGGAAGCACCUGAGGCUGAGGCUUCUGCCGCUGUGGAAGCACCUGAGGCUGAGGCUUCUGCCGCUGUGGAAGCACCUGAGGCUGAGGCUUCUGCCGCUGUGGAAGCACCUGAGGCUGAGGCUUCUGCCGCUGUGGAAGCACCUGAGGCUUCUGCCGCUGUGGAAGCACCUGAGGCUUCUGCCGCUGUGGAAGCACCUGAGGCUUCUGCCGCUGUGGAAGCACCUGAGGCUGAGGCUUCUGCCGCUGUGGAAGCACCUGAGGCUGAGGCUUCUGCCGAGGAGGGACCAAUAGUAGAGGAAUUUUCCCCAGAAGAGGCUGCCCCAGUCGAAGAGGCAGCGCCAGUUGAGGCAGAGUUACCUGCAGCCGAAGAGGUAGUAGUGGAGGAAGCCCCAGUGGAGGAACCAGCAAUGGAGGAACCAGCAGCAGAGGAACCACCGGCGGAAAAGGAGGCUGUGGAGACAGCCCAAGUGUCUGAGGAUGAGGCGCUCGUCGUGGAGGCGGCGAUGCUGGCAGCAGCCUCAGCCCUGGAUGUCGAGGCAGUGGAGGCAGAGGCAGCCCCGGCUGAGGAAGUCAAGGAGGCCCUCUUCACUUCAUGCCACCAAUGUGAAGCCCCAGCUUCUGAGGCUGAUGUGGCAGUCACCCCCAUGGAGGUUGUAGAGGCUGCAUCUCUGGGGGAAGUAGAGGCUCCCCCUGCUGGUGUGAAGGAGGCAGUCGUCGAGGGUGAGGCAGUGGAGGUGACCGCAGAGGAGCGCGCCUCCGAUUGGCCUGCUGAGGUGACCGAGGCAGUGGAGGAAGCCAAGGUGGAAGGAGAGACUGCCAGGCCAGUAAAGAGGUCCUGCUCAGUGAUGUGAUAGUACAGAAGGUGCACAGAGUAUGAGCCUGGUGUUGCUGACAGCCCAGUCCUGACUGGAGACCAGCGAGAUGUGCCUUCUGGAACAGUCAACACCCACAGCUGUCAAUCAAACAGGACGAUCAACAUAAAACACACACAUAAUUAGAACUGGUUUGAAUUUAAUUCUAUAAUUCUAUUUAACUCAUUAUAUAUUUAACUGUUGUCUAAUGACAACCGUUGUCAACCCGGUAACUACAUUCCCGGUUCUCACUCAGUUUCUUGGUCUUGUAUUUUUCCCUACCCAUGGUGAGGUGACACUUCUGUAAGGGUUUGAAGUAUGACUUUAUUCCUAGGUUCAGACCCAAAUGACACCUUAUACCCUAUAUAGUGCACUACUUUUGACCAGGGCCCGGGGGAAUAGGGUGCCAUUUGGGAUGGAUAUCAACUAUUUCUCAGUACCACCCUGUUCCCCAAGGUGUCACUGUUACCAAGCUGACAAAGACCACUUGAAUGUAUUUGAAGUUACUUGAUAAAUGAUUGUGUACUUGACAUUGCCUAAUGAAAUCUGACUUCUUUUUUUUUUGAUUCAAUGAAAUAAGAUCUGAAUUGUUGUAUUAAACAGCCAUUAGACAACAUCUAGAUGAUUGUGUUCUUCAGAGACUGUUGAGUAAGUUCUGCAUGGAGUUUUUUUUUAUUCAAUCAGGGAACAUCUAGAUUAAGUUUAGUUCUCAAGCCAGUAGACUGUUGGUAGACAGUGUUGUACCCAUGUGAUGUAAAAAAUAAAAUGUUUUUUUUUUUCAGUCCAAUAAUAAUUUAUGUAAUAGCUUUGCAGGUGGGGUGGUUGUG